AUGCACACUUGUAUACUUUUACUGUCCUCUGUGACGAUCGCUCGGGCGUGGUCUAUACAGAAACCAGAGCUGCAGUUACCACCAGAUGCGGCUGAAAAGGGGCGGGACGCUAUAGACCUUUUUACCGCUGCGUAUGGAGACUACAAAAAGUAUGCCUGGGGACACGAUUCUCUUGCCCCUUUAAGCAAGAGUUUCAUAGAUGAUCGCAAUGGGUGGGGUGCAACAAUUGUGGACGCAAUGUCCACCAUGAAAAUUAUGGGCCUAGAGGAUCUCUUUACGGAAGCGACCCCCGAUAACGUGUCUCUGUUCGAAACCACCAUUCGAUACCUCGGAGGACUGGUUUCUGCCUAUGAACUAGGUGGGAAAAAGGAUCACGCUUUGAUAGACCGUGCACGAGAUGUUGGAAACAAGCUCUCAAACGGAUGGCAGGGAACCAACGACUUUCCUUAUAAUAAUCUAAAUUUUACGAGUGACGCCCCGGUCAUCGAAGAGUCGGGAAUUGCUGUUGCUGGUACAUUGAUACUAGAAUGGGCCAAACUCGCCGAAUAUACGGGCAACAAGACAUACCUUGAGCUUGCAGAGAAGUCCAUGCGUCGUAUCGGGACAAACGACUCACCACUUCCGGGUUUGCCUGCUCAAGGAAUCGACCCCAGCACUGGAAAGCCAGUUGGCGACUACAUUACUUGGGGCGGCGGCUCAGACUCCUAUUUUGAGUACUUGAUCAAGUACGGUCGGCUCACUAACAACGCCAGCCCCGAGUGGACCAGUCGCUGGCUGACGGCUGUUGACUCGUCGAUCCGCUACCUUGCACAAACAGCAGUGAAUACUUCCGUACCUGAUUUGUUGUACCUGGGCGAUUACACGAAAAACAGGGUCAGGCAUAUCAGCAGUCACCUUGCUUGCUUUCAUGGCGGCAACUGGAUCAUGGGAGGCCGUUUGACUGGAAACGAUACCAUUGUGCAAUACGGUUUACGUUUAACAGACGCGUGCUGGAACUCGUAUGAAAAGACGGCGACAGGCAUUGGCCCAGAAGUCUUUGCCUAUGUCGGGCCCGAUGGUAAUUACACUGGUGUUUCACCGAGCGCCAGAGAUCUUGAAUUUUACGAAAAAAACGGAUUUUAUGUAUAUAAUAACUAUGCAUAUUACGACCUCCGGCCAGAGGUUCUCGAGAGUAAUUUCUAUGCAUGGAGGGCUACCGGAGAUAUCAAAUACUUUAACAGGGCUGUUUCUGGUCUUGAAAGCAUCAAGAAAUACUGCACGCCUGGUGUGGGGGUUGCUGGCAUCAACGAUGUGCGAUCUACAAACUCAACUUAUAUCGAUCAGACCGAAUCAUUUUUCUUCGCCGAGGUCAUCAAGUACAUCUAUCUAACCUUUGACGAUCCCAACAAGUUUAACCUCGACAAAUAUGUGUUCAACACCGAAGCCCAUCCUUUGGAGGCACCCGACCCGAUCCAAUCGUUCCGGCCUCCUCAGCGGGCCCAAAUAGGUGGACAUCUUCCGUCCAAGUCGUGGACUGGACAAAUACCUGAGAUUAGCUAUGCACCUGGUGUACAGAAAAAGCUUUCGGAUGUGAUUGAACAGGGUAUCGAUUUGUAA